AUGGUAAACCCUGAGCUGCGUCGACAAGUCGUCCAGGUCUACAAAGAACUCCUCUUUUUAGGGCGCGAGUACCCCCUUGGAUACCAAUAUUUCAGAGACCGGCUCCAUCGCGCGUUUGCCAAACAGGCUCAUCUGCGUGACGACGAGCAGAUCCGGAAAGGGAUAGCCAGGGCAGAAUUUGUGAAGAAAGAAGUCGAAGCCUUGUAA